AUGGAUGAAUUUGUGAGUAAAAGGGAAGAGCGUGGUCCUUUAGUGCGGCCAUCUGCAGCAGUGAGGGGCAACUUGCGAGUCAAGUCUUCCACUGUGGAUUUGGCCAUUCUAUUCUAUCAGUCAAAGGAUGUUGGAAUCUUCCCACUCCUUGUAGAAAUUUUUAGAAUGUUGAAACCAGGUGCUACACUUGUUGUUCGCAAGGCCCCUAUGUUUAUAGCUAUAUCACCUGAUCAGCUCGUAACUGAUCAGAUGAUAUCUGAUCUUGAGCCCAAGUUAUUGUUAGCAGGGUUUACAGAGAUACAACGUUCUCAAUCAACUGCUCCAUCUAACACCAUACUUUCUGGGUUCAAUGCUAAAAAGCCUUCAUGGAAAGUUGGUCCAUCAUCUCUUGCAUUAAAGAAGGAGGUGAAGAGUUCACCUAAAGUGCAAAUUGAUGUUGAUUCGGAUCUGGUAGAUGAAGAUAGUCUUUUGACCCAAGAUCUAAAGAAACUUCAGCUGCCAGCCGGUGAUUGUGAAAUUGGGAGUACCUGCAAAAAUUGCACUUGUGUGAGGGCUGAAGAAGAGGAAAAAGUAUUGAAGUUCGGAUCGACAGCAGAACAGCUCAAUAAUCCUCAAUCAGCUUGUGACAGUGUAUGUAUUUUAUUUUUCUUUUGCAAUACAAUGUUUGUUUAUGCUUUCUACAUUUGUUCAUUAAGAGCUCAUUUCUGCUCUCCCUCUCUUGAGCAAUUUGGUGUCUGGUAG